AUGGGAGCAAAUGGACUCGACACAUUCCCAGUGAGAUUUGUACUGGCAACUAUAAACGAAGACAUCUCUUUACCGUGCGGCACAACAUCCAAGGGAGAUGAAGUGACAUGGAAGUUCAAAGAUGAGGAGAUGAAAGAUUUGGACAAGAAUAAUCACAACCUACUGGUGGAUGGUGUAGGCGACCCCAGUCUGGGAGAGUACACUUGCUGGCGAGGGGGUGAAAGUGCGUCUACUCAUCUCCUGCUGAUAGCUGAAAAGAAACUCGAUUCUUUUCUCUCCUGUCGCGCAAAGUCCUAUAACUGCAAAUUUAGUUGCACAUGGAACAAUAGUAACUACCAUCUUGUACGGCUUGGACUGGGCCCACAUUGUCGCAAAGGAAACAACUCUUGCAACUGGUUCAAUGGCACUGUUGACAAACAAGAUGGGAGCCUCCACUUUGAGCUGUUCCACUCGCUCUCACCUUAUGCAGAGGAGAGCAACAUGCUGGAACUCACAGCCGAGGCCACCGAUGGCUAUUACUUCUCCAAGAGCACCAUGAGAUUUUAUCUUCGAGAUAUCAUUCAACCAGACAGCCCACAGAUCAUCCAAUGGCAAGAGCUGGCCCACAAUCUAAAUGUGAUUGUCAAUCCUCCACGCAGUUGGUCCAAACCUCACAGCUUCUUUACCCUAGAACAUGAGGUUCAAUAUCAGAGCAUACAUGAUGGCAAGGUGCAAAAUAGCUCCAACGGUACCUCACCCUUCCAGAUACCCAAGGCGAUCACCAAACUGAGGGUUCGGUCCCGGGACCUGUUGGUGAAGUCGGCCUGGAGCCAGUGGAGUGCCUGGGUAAAUGUAAUAACACCGGUAAUGGACUGA